GUUAUCUAGAACAAGGCCUUCUGGUUACGGAUCUUCAAAAACUCCGUUCACACUAUUUCCAAUCAAAGAAGUGGAGGACUGAUGUACUUUCCCUAUUACCCACGGACAUCUUUUACGUGUGGUUUCCACCAUACGAAUGUGACAUUAAAGUGCCGUGUCCGGUAAUAAUCCGUUUGAAUCGACUGUUUCGUCUCCCCCGUUUAUGGGAAUGGUUCGAAAAAACCGAAACGGACACGAAUUAUCCGAAUGUGUUUAGGAUUUGUAAAGUUGUGCUUGCUAUUUUGGUAUUAAUCCAUUGGAACGCGUGUUUAUAUUUCGCGAUUAGUUUCGCUAUCGGUUUCGGUUCGGACAACUGGGUCUACAAUUUAAAUGGCACCGUAAACGCAACCCUUAUGAGGCAGUAUAUUUACAGCUUUUACUGGUCUACGUUAACGUUAACGACAAUCGGAGAAACACCCGUUCCGGAAAACGACGCUGAAUAUUUAUUCGUUGUUGCUGAUUUUUUAGCUGGUGUUUUAAUCUUUGCGACAAUUGUCGGUAAUAUAGGAUCUAUGAUUUCAAAUAUGAAUAUUGCUAGAGUUGAUUUUCAAAAUCGGAUGGAUGGUGUUAAACAAUAUAUGGCUUUCAGAAAAGUCGGAAGGGAGUUGGAAGGGCGUGUAAUAAGGUGGUUUGCUUACACGUGGGCGGAAAGUGGAGCCCUCGAUGAGGAACGAGUGCUCGGCGCUCUACCGGACAAAUUGAAGGCGGAGAUAGCCAUUAAAGUCCAUUUAGAAACGUUACAGAAAGUAAGGAUUUUCAAGGAUUGCGAGCCUGGAUUGCUGGAGGCUCUCGUGUUGAAGUUACGCUUGCAGGUGUUCUCCCCGGGCGACUAUAUUUGCCGCAAGGGCGACGUCGGCAAGGAAAUGUACAUAGUGAAACGUGGUCGCCUCCAGGUUGUCGCCGACGAUGGAAAAACUGUCCUCGCUACCCUUGGCGCCGGAUCUGUCUUUGGAGAAGUCAGCGUACUCGACAUUGCCGGAAAUCGAACUGGAAACCGAAGAACUGCCAAUGUUCGCUCUUUGGGAUAUUCAGAUUUAUUCUGUUUAGCUAAAGAGGAUUUACUCUUAGCUUUAGCGGAUUAUCCAGAGGCUAAGAACACAUUGAUCGAACGAGGUUGUCAGCUACUAAGGAAGGACGGUCUUUUAGACGAAGACGCCCUACAAAGAGCUCGUGAAACACAAGAAACGGUUACCGAUAGCAUUCGUAGGCUGGAGGCUUCGGUGGAAAACUUACAGAUGAGAUUGGCUCGGUUGAUGGGUGAAUUUUCAGCCAGUCAAGCGAAAAUCAAGCAGAGACUAACCCGAGUGGAACACAGGUAA